AUGGGUAACGACGAUCCGAGUACGUACGCUGAAACUGAUAAAGUUACGAUUAGCUCGCUAUUUUGGGAUGUAUCAGUAGACUUCAUCACACAGACAAUUAGCGGUUACGCUCAUCUGACUGUGGACAAGAAAAUUGAGGACGUGCACAGUUUGGUACUGGAUGUCAGAGACCUGACAGUUGAAAGUGUUUGUAUGAAGGAUACAGGCAAAGCUUGUCAGUUUGAAAUUUCAAAUCCACGCAACUUCACCUUUGGGUCAAAGCUCACCAUAACCAUUGGCUCAUUUGUAGAGAAAAGUUUCACCAUCAUCAUCAAGUAUGCAACCUCGCCGAAAUCCUCAGCUCUUCAAUGGCUGCGACCCGAGCAGACAGCUGGCAAACGUCAACCAUAUCUUUUUAGUCAGUGUCAGGCAAUUCACGCAAGAAGUUUGCUGCCAUGUCAAGACACGCCUGCUGUCAAGUUUUCCUACACUGCACAGGUUCGAGCUCCAAGGGAGAUCACAGUGCUAAUGAGUGCUGUGAGAGAUGUCACAGAACCAGUAGCUGACAGUUCUGACCUAGUCACAAAGUUCUCUAUGGCAAUUCCUAUACCAAGUUACUUGUUAGCAAUUGUGGCUGGAGAUGUAGAGUGCAGGCAGAUCGGACCAAGAUCUAGGGUUUGGUCAGAGAAGGAAAUGGUGGAUGCAGCAGCAGCUGAAUUUUCUGAGACAGAGGAAAUGUUACAGACUGCAGAGAGCCUGAUGGGACCAUAUAUUUGGAAAGUCUAUGAUCUUCUAGUGUUGCCCCCAAGUUUUCCUUAUGGUGGAAUGGAGAACCCUUGUCUCACUUUUGUUACUCCAACAUUGUUGGCAGGAGACAAAUCAUUGGCUGAUGUAAUAGCUCAUGAAAUCUCUCAUAGCUGGACUGGGAACCUGGUCACCAACAAAACUCCUGAACAUUUCUGGCUCAACGAAGGCCAUACAAGGUUUGUGGAGCGAAUGAUUUUGGCUAGACUCCAUGGUGAACCUUACAGACAACUCCACUCUUAUCAGGGGUGGAAGAGUUUACAGUCAGAGGUGGAUACAUUAACAAAAACUGGAAAAGAACAAUUCACUAAACUGGUUCCUGACCUGACAGGAGUUGAUCCUGAUGAUGCCUUUUCCACAGUACCAUAUGAGAAAGGAUUUGCUCUCCUGCACUACUUGCAAACACUGUUAGGAGGGCCAGCUGUGUUUGAACCUUUUCUGAAAGCUUACAUAAACAAUUUCAAGUACAAGUCUAUCAACACGCAGGAUUGGAAGCAGUUUCUCUAUGAAUAUUUUUCCUCAGAGGAGGAUAAUAUAAAGCUGAACACAGUAGACUGGGAAGUUUGGUUUCAUGGACUGGGCAUGCCUCCCUAUGAGCCGAGUUAUGAUUUGAGCUUGGCUGAUCCAAGUAACAACUUAGCCAGACGUUGGAUAGAGCAGUCCGAUGAUGCUUUAGAUGUCUUCUCUCCUGAAGAUAUCAACAGCCUCCCAAGCAUCCUUGUUAGAGAGUUUCUUUCACAGCUUGUCUUACAAGAACCACCACUGUCCCUCAUAAAGGUAAAACACCUGGAACAUGUGUAUGCCUUCAACAGAGUGCGGAAUUCAGAGACAAGAUUUAAAUGGCUCAGUUUGUGUAUUAAGGUGAAAUGGGAGGACUGUGUGCCACAUGUUCUCAACUUUCUGAAUGAACAAGGAAGGAUGAAGUUUGUGAGACCUCUUUACAGAGACCUGUAUGCAUGGGAGUUUGCCAGACCAUUAGCUGUUGCCAAUUUCAAAAUGCACAAGGAGGAAAUGCACAAUACAACAGCCGGACUGGUUGCCAAAGAUCUUAAACUUGAUAAUUAG